AUGGGAAGCGAUAUGAAGAAAGAAAAAAGAGGCAGGAGUGGGUGUGAAUACGUGCAAGGGAGCAAAAAACAUCGUAAGAGCACAGAAGAGAAGAAAGAUAGCGGAGAGAGUGAAAGGGGCACAGGGAAGGGAAGCGGGCGCAAGGAAGUCGGCAAGAGGGAUAGGAGUCCGGAUGGAAGGAAGGCUGGAUUUCAAAGAAUUGAGUUUGAUGAGGCCUCAUGCACCAUCAGAGUGAAAGGAGACUUUACUCUAAAGGAUAUAAAGAGAAGAUUCGAAAACCUCAAAUCUGUAAAGAGCUGCGAGGGCGGAUUUGUUCUGGAGUACCCGAGCAAGGAACACGCGCUCGUGGACAUGAAGGCAAACAGAAGGCCAAGGGGCGUAAAGAAAGAGAAGAAUUGUGAGUAUCUGGACAACAAGUAUAUACUCACCAACCUCUCGUACAAAGAGACCGAGGAAUCGAUUUCGGAGACGUUUGGAAAGUAUGGGGAGAUUGAGAGGGUAACAAUAAAGAAGAACAGGGACUGUAUAUCGACGGGAAAGGCGAUUAUAACCUUUAAGAAAAGAACGUUCAUCAAGGACGAGAUUAUCAUGAGUAACAAGCCGAUUUACAUUGAGAGAAUUAAGAAGCCCCUGGAAAACAAAAGAAGAUUCUUCCUGAGUAAGCUGAAGAAGUCCCAUUCUAUUGUUGCAAUAAGGAAAAUACUUUCCGAUGCCGGGUGUAAGCCAAAGGACAUACGAGUGCUGUAUGGGGAGAAUAAGAGGAAUAGAGGGUAUGGGUUUAUAGAAUAUGACAGUGAAAAAGAUGCAGAUGUGUUCGUUAGCAAAUUUGAAGAAAUCAGAGACUUGCUAGGUCCUGAGUGCUAUUACGAAUAUUCCAAUGAGAAGAUUUCUUCUCGGAAGAAAUAG